AAGAGAUGCUGUUGAAUCGUUGUCUUUUCAGAAGUGUGGAAACGGCUGCUGCGUCUACAGUCCAGGGUCCUUUUUCCUUUGAGGAGGUGUCCAUCUCUUUCACGGAGGCAGAGUGGGCCCUGGUGGAUCCGGGACAAAGAGCUCUGUACAUGGAAGUCAUGCUGGAGAACUAUGGGAACGUGGCCUCUCUGGCAAAGGAUGAUCAGACGAAUGAGGAGGGUGAGGAACUACAGCUGCGUUUGCCAGAUGAAGUUAUUAAUAAAGACUCGAAAGGAAAUGUAAGGAAUCAAGGCAGACCCAAGAGAACGAAGGACAGCCAUUUUGUUGAGAAGAGAAAUGGAAGAAGGCGUAAUGUACUUUUCGCCAAGCGCAAUAGAAUGGAGAUAAGUCAAUCCAUUAAGUAUGGAAAGGACAUCAGAUAUAGAUCACAGCUUCUAGUGAACCAAAGAAUAGAAAAACGAGAUAAAUCUUUUGAAAGCUUGGAGUGUGGAAAGAAAUUCAAUCAGAAUGGCAAGCUUCAGCAGUGUCAAAGAACUCACAAAGAGGAUAAACUGUUUGAAUGCACAGUAGGUGGAAAGAAAUUCAGUCAGAGUGACAAACUUCAAAGGCAUCAGAGGACCCACACAGGAGAGAAAUCUUUUGAAUGCUCACAAUGUGGAAAGAGAUUCAGUUGCAGUGGCAAUCUUCAAAGGCAUCAGAGGACCCACACAGGAGAGAAAUCUUUUGCAUGCUCAGAGUGUGGAAAGAGAUUUACUAACAGUGGCACUCUUCAAAAGCAUCAGAGAACCCACACAGGGGAGAAACCUUUUGAAUACUCAGAGUGUGGAAAGAAAUUUACUAACAGUGGAACUCUUCAAAAGCAUCAGAGAACCCACACAGGGGAGAAACCUUUUGAAUGCUCACAGUGUGGAAAGAGAUUCAAUCACAGUUGCACUCUUCAACAGCAUCAGAGAACCCACACAGGAGAGAAACCUUUUGAAUGCUCAGAGUGUGGAAAGAGAUUCAAUCACAGUGGCAAACUUAAAAAGCAUCAGAGAACCCACACAGGGGAGAAACCUUUUGAAUGCUCACAAUGUGGAAAGAGAUUCAGUUGCAGUGGCACUCUUCAAAGGCAUCAGAGAACCCACACAGGAGAGAAACCUUUUGAAUGCUCAGAGUGUGGAAAGAGAUUCAAUCACAGUUGCACUCUUCAAACACAUCAGAGGACCCACACAGGAGAGAAACCUUUUGCAUGCUCAGCGUGUGGGAAGAGAUUCAGUCAGAGUAGCCAUCUUCAAAUGCAUCAGAGAACCCACACAGGAGAGAAACCUUUUGAAUGCUCAGAAUGUGGAAAGAGAUUCAGUCAGAGUGGCCAUCUUCAAAAGCAUCAGGGAACCCACACAGGAGUUAAACCUUUUGAAUGCUCAGAAUGUGGAAAGAGAUUCAGUCAGAGUGGCCAUCUUCAAAAGCAUCAGAGAACCCACACAGGAGUUAAACCUUUUGAAUGCUCAGAAUGUGGAAAGAGAUUCAGUCAGAGUGGCCAUCUUCAAAAGCAUCAGAGAACCCACACAGGAGAGAAACCUUUUGAAUGCUCAGAAUGUGGAAAGAGAUUCAGUCACAGUGGCACUCUUCAACAGCAUCAGAGAACCCACACAGGAGAGAAACCUUUUGAAUGCUCAGUAUGUGGAAAGAGAUUCAGUCAGAGUGGCAGCCUUCAACAGCAUCAGAGAACCCACACAGGAGAGAAACCUUUUGAAUGCUCAGAAUGUGGAAAGAGAUUCAAUCACAGUGGCAGCCUUCAACAGCAUCAGAGAACCCACAAAGGAGAGAAACCUUUUGAAUGCUUAGAAUGUGGAAAGAGAUUCCGUCACAGUUGCACUCUUCAAAGGCAUCAGAGAACGCACACAGGAGAGAAACCUUUUGAAUGCUCAGUAUGUGGAAAGAGAUUCAGUCAGAGUGGCAACCUUCAACUGCAUCAGAGAACCCACACAGGGAAGAAACCUUUUGAGUCUUUAGAGUGUGCAAAGGGAUGAAGUUGGAGUAGCACUUUUUGA